GCUGUUUUCUAACAGAUAGUGGGUACCAUCAGUGAGUGUCAGAAUCGAAAGCUAAGGCAGAAGCAGAGAGGAUGCUGCAGUCGUCAUUUCUUGUUUUUCCUUAUUCAGCGAGGAGAAAGCACAUGUGAGAUUUUACUUUCUGCUCUAGUCAAAAACCUGAAGAACUGCAUUGGAGGCAAUCAACACAUAUAUGGAUUCUGUGCUAUGAUUUGCAAUUUCCUUGAUUUCAGCACUUUCUUAUGCAAGGAGCUAAACAGUGAUUAAAGGAGCAGGAUGAAAAGAUGGCACAAUCAGUGCUGGUACCUCCAGGACCUGACAGCUUCCGCUUCUUCACCAGGGAAUCCCUUGCUGCUAUUGAGCAACGCAUUGCAGAAGAGAAAGCUAAGAGACCCAAACAAGAGCGCAAGGAUGAAGAUGAUGAAAAUGGCCCAAAGCCAAAUAGUGACUUGGAAGCAGGAAAAUCCCUUCCAUUUAUUUAUGGAGACAUUCCUCCAGGGAUGGUGUCAGAGCCCCUGGAGGAUCUGGACCCAUACUAUAUCAAUAAGAAAACAUUUAUAGUAUUGAAUAAAGGGAAAGCAAUCUCUCGAUUCAGUGCCACCUCCGCCCUGUACAUAUUAACUCCCUUCAGCCCUAUUAGAAAAAUAGCUAUUAAGAUUUUGGUACAUUCUUUAUUCAAUGUGCUCAUUAUGUGCACUAUUCUGACCAACUGUGUAUUUAUGACCAUGAGUAACCCUCCAGACUGGACAAAGAAUGUGGAGUACACAUUUACAGGAAUUUAUACAUUUGAAUCACUUAUAAAAAUACUUGCAAGGGGCUUUUGUUUAGAAGAUUUCACAUUUCUACGUGAUCCCUGGAAUUGGUUGGAUUUCACAGUCAUUACUUUUGCAUAUGUGACAGAGUUUGUGGACCUGGGCAAUGUCUCAGCGUUGAGAACAUUCAGAGUUCUCCGAGCAUUGAAAACAAUUUCAGUCAUUCCAGGCCUGAAGACCAUCGUAGGGGCCCUGAUCCAGUCAGUGAAGAAGCUCUCUGACGUCAUGAUCCUGACUGUGUUCUGUCUGAGUGUGUUUGCACUAAUAGGUCUACAGCUAUUCAUGGGCAACCUGAGGAAUAAAUGUUUGCAGUGGCCUCCAGAUAAUUCUACCUUUGAAAUAAACAUCACUUCCUUCUUUAAUAGUUCAUUGGAUGUGAAUGGUACCAUUACCAAUAGAACAGUGAGCAUGUUUAACUGGGAUGAAUAUAUUGAGGAUAAAAGUCAUUUUUACUUUUUGGAAGGGCAAAAUGAUGCUCUGCUUUGUGGCAACAGCUCAGAUGCUGGCCAGUGUCCAGAAGGAUACGUUUGUGUGAAGGCUGGUAGAAACCCCAACUAUGGCUACACAAGUUUUGACACCUUUAGUUGGGCCUUCUUGUCUUUAUUUCGACUCAUGACUCAAGACUUCUGGGAAAACCUUUAUCAACUGACCCUGCGUGCUGCUGGGAAAACAUACAUGAUAUUUUUUGUGCUGGUCAUUUUCUUGGGCUCAUUUUACUUAAUAAAUUUGAUUCUGGCUGUGGUGGCCAUGGCCUAUGAGGAACAGAAUCAGGCAACACUAGAAGAGGCGGAACAGAAAGAAGCUGAAUUUCAGCAAAUGCUUGAACAGUUAAAAAAGCAACAAGAAGAAGCUCAGGCGGCAGCGGCAGCGGCAGCAGCGGCAUCCACUGAAUCAAGAGACUUCAGUGGUGCUGGCGGAAUCGGAGUUUUCUCGGAGAGUUCUUCAGUAGCAUCAAAGUUGAGCUCAAAGAGUGAAAAAGAGAUGAAAAACAGAAGGAAGAAAAAGAAACAGAAAGAACAAUCUGGAGAAGAAGAGAAGGAAGUGGGGUUCCGCAAAUCUGAAUCUGAAGAUAGCAUAAGGAAGAAAGGUUUCCGGUUUUCCUUAGAAGGAAGUAGACUGACCUAUGAAAAGAGGUUUUCGUCUCCACACCAGUCUUUACUGAGCAUCCGUGGCUCCCUCUUCUCCCCAAGACGAAAUAGUCGGGCAAGCCUUUUCAGCUUCAGAGGUCGAACAAAGGAUAUUGGCUCUGAGAAUGACUUUGCAGAUGAUGAGCACAGCACCUUUGAAGACAAUGACAGCCGAAGAGACUCUCUGUUUGUGCCACACAAACAUGGCGAGCGGCGCCACAGCAACGUGAGCCAGGCCAGUCGUGCCUCCAGGGUGAUCCCCAUUCUGCCCAUGAACGGGAAGAUGCAUAGUUCUGUAGAUUGCAAUGGUGUGGUCUCCCUGGUCGGUGGUCCUUCUACUCUUACAUCUCCCACUGGACAGCUCCUGCCAGAGGGCACAACCACUGAAACCGAAAUAAGAAAACGGCGAUCCAGUUCUUACCAUGUUUCCAUGGAUUUAUUAGAAGACCCCACCACAAGGCAACGAGCAAUGAGUAUAGCCAGUAUUUUAACCAACACCAUGGAAGAACUUGAAGAAUCCAGACAGAAAUGCCCACCCUGCUGGUACAAGUUUGCUAAUAUGUGUUUGAUUUGGGAUUGCUGUAAACCUUGGUUAAAGGUGAAACACAUUGUCAACCUGAUUGUGAUGGACCCAUUUGUUGACCUAGCCAUCACCAUCUGCAUUGUCUUGAAUACCCUCUUCAUGGCCAUGGAACACUACCCAAUGACAGAGCAGUUCAGCAAUGUCUUGUCUGUCGGGAACCUGGUAUUCACUGGGAUCUUCACAGCAGAAAUGUUUCUCAAGAUAAUUGCUAUGGACCCGUAUUAUUACUUCCAAGAAGGCUGGAAUAUAUUUGAUGGUUUUAUUGUGAGCCUUAGUUUGAUGGAACUUGGCUUGGCAAAUGUGGAAGGAUUAUCCGUUCUCCGAUCAUUCCGGCUGGUUCUGAACCUUUUCCUGGCCUUACUCUUGAGUUCAUUUAGUUCUGACAAUCUUGCUGCCACUGAUGAUGAUAAUGAAAUGAACAAUCUCCAAAUUGCUGUGGGAAGGAUGCAGAAAGGAAUCGAUUAUGUUAAAAGAAAAAUCCAUGAAUUUAUUCAGAAAGCCUUUGUUAGAAAACAAAAAGGUUUAGAAGAAAUUAAACCUCUUGAAGACCUAAAUAAUAAGAAAGACAGCUGCAUUUCCAAUCAUACCACUGUAGAAAUAAGCAAAGACCUCAACUAUCUCAAAGAUGGAAAUGGAACGACCAGUGGCAUAGGCAGUAGUGUAGAAAAAUAUGUUGUGGAUGAAAGUGAUUACAUGUCAUUCAUAAACAACCCCAGCCUCACUGUGACUGUACCUAUUGCUGUUGGAGAAUCUGACUUUGAAAAUCUAAAUACUGAAGAAUUCAGCAGUGAGUCAGACAUGGAAGAAAGUAAAGAGAAGAUAAAUGCAACUACUAGUUCAUCUGAAGGCAGCACAGUUGAUAUAGGAGCACCUGCUGAGGGAGUAGAACCUGAGGUGGAACCUGAAGAAUCUCUUGAACCCGAGGCCUGCUUUACAGAGGACUGUGUACGGAAAUUCAAGUGUUGUCAGAUAAGCAUAGAAGAAGGCAAAGGGAAACUCUGGUGGAACCUGAGAAAAACUUGCUAUAAGAUAGUGGAACACAACUGGUUUGAAACCUUCAUUGUCUUCAUGAUUCUGCUCAGCAGCGGGGCACUGGCUUUUGAAGAUAUAUAUAUUGAGCAGCGAAAAACCAUUAAGACGAUGUUAGAAUAUGCUGACAAGGUUUUCACUUAUAUAUUCAUUCUGGAAAUGCUUCUCAAGUGGGUUGCAUAUGGUUUUCAAAUGUAUUUUACCAAUGCCUGGUGCUGGCUGGAUUUCCUGAUUGUUGAUGUUUCAUUGGUCAGUUUAACAGCAAAUGCCUUGGGUUACUCAGAACUUGGUGCCAUCAAAUCCCUGAGGACACUAAGAGCUCUUCGCCCACUGAGAGCCUUAUCCCGGUUUGAAGGAAUGAGAGUUGUUGUAAAUGCUCUUUUAGGAGCCAUUCCAUCCAUAAUGAAUGUACUUUUGGUUUGUCUAAUCUUUUGGUUAAUAUUCAGUAUCAUGGGAGUGAAUCUCUUUGCUGGCAAAUUUUACCAUUGUAUUAACACUACCACUGGAGAGAUGUUUGAUAUAAGUGUGGUCAACAACUACAGUGAAUGUAAAGCCCUUAUAGAGAACAAUCAAACUGCCAGGUGGAAAAAUGUGAAAGUAAACUUUGAUAACGUGGGACUUGGAUAUCUUUCUCUGCUUCAAGUCGCCACAUUUAAGGGAUGGAUGGAUAUCAUGUAUGCAGCUGUUGACUCACGAAAUGUAGAAUUGCAACCCAAGUAUGAAGACAAUCUGUACAUGUAUCUUUAUUUUGUCAUCUUUAUUAUUUUUGGUUCAUUCUUUACUCUGAAUCUCUUCAUUGGUGUCAUCAUAGAUAACUUCAACCAACAGAAAAAGAAGUUUGGAGGUCAAGACAUUUUUAUGACAGAAGAACAGAAAAAAUACUACAAUGCAAUGAAAAAACUGGGUUCAAAGAAACCACAAAAACCCAUACCUCGACCUGCUAACAAAUUUCAAGGAAUGGUCUUUGAUUUUGUGACCAAACAAGUCUUUGAUAUUAGCAUCAUGAUCCUCAUCUGCCUCAACAUGGUCACAAUGAUGGUGGAAACUGAUGACCAAAGUCAAGAAAUGACAAACAUUCUAUAUUGGAUUAAUCUGGUGUUCAUUGUUUUGUUCACUGGAGAAUGUGUGCUAAAGUUGAUCUCUCUUCGUUAUUACUAUUUCACCAUCGGAUGGAAUAUUUUUGAUUUUGUGGUAGUUAUCCUUUCCAUUGUAGGUAUGUUUCUGGCUGAGCUGAUAGAAAAGUAUUUUGUGUCCCCUACCCUGUUCCGAGUGAUCCGACUUGCCAGGAUUGGUCGAAUCUUGCGUCUGAUCAAAGGGGCAAAGGGAAUCCGAACACUGCUGUUUGCUUUGAUGAUGUCCCUUCCUGCCUUGUUUAACAUUGGCCUCCUGCUCUUCCUGGUCAUGUUCAUCUACGCCAUCUUUGGAAUGUCCAACUUUGCCUAUGUUAAGAGGGAAGUUGGAAUAGAUGACAUGUUCAACUUUGAAACCUUUGGCAACAGCAUGAUCUGCCUGUUCCAAAUUACCACCUCUGCUGGCUGGGAUGGAUUGUUAGCACCUAUCCUUAAUAGUGGACCACCUGACUGUGACCCUGAAAAAGAUCACCCGGGAAGUUCUGUUAAGGGAGACUGUGGCAACCCAUCUGUUGGGAUCUUCUUCUUUGUCAGUUACAUCAUCAUCUCAUUCCUGGUUGUGGUGAACAUGUACAUUGCUGUCAUCCUGGAGAACUUCAGUGUUGCUACUGAAGAAAGUGCAGAGCCCCUGAGUGAGGAUGAUUUUGAGAUGUUCUAUGAGGUUUGGGAGAAGUUUGAUCCAGAUGCAACUCAGUUUAUUGAGUUUGCCAAGCUCUCUGAUUUUGCAGCUGCCCUGGAUCCUCCUCUUCUUAUAGCAAAACCAAACAAAGUCCAGCUCAUUGCCAUGGAUCUCCCCAUGGUCAGUGGUGACCGGAUCCACUGCCUCGACAUUUUAUUUGCCUUUACGAAGCGUGUUUUGGGUGAGAGUGGAGAGAUGGAUGCACUUCGAAUACAAAUGGAAGAGCGAUUCAUGGCCUCGAAUCCCUCCAAAGUCUCCUAUGAGCCCAUAACAACCACCUUGAAACGCAAACAAGAGGAAGUGUCUGCUACCAUUAUCCAGAGGGCUUAUAGACGUUACCUCUUGAAGCAGAAAGUCAAAAAAGUUUCAAGUAUAUACAAGAAAGACAAAGGCAAAGAAGGUGAUGGAACACCUCUCAAAGAAGAAAUCCUCAUUGAUAAACUAAAUGAGAAUUCAACACCAGAGAAAACCGAUGUGACACCUUCCACCACUUCUCCACCUUCCUACGAUAGUGUGACAAAACCGGAAAAAGAAAAAUUUGAAAAAGACAAAUCAGAAAAGGAAGACAAAGGGAAAGAUAUCAGGGAAAGUAAAAAGUAA